AUGUCGCGGUGGCGUUUGCCGGGGGACGGCGACAGCUCCUGGCUCAGCCCGGGAGGGGAUGCAAAGGGGGCCCCUUCUCUCUGCUCGAGCAUGAAGAGCACCCGCAGCAGCUCCUCCUUCCAGGGCACCGGUUCUGGCGGCGUGGAUCUGAGCCUGACGGGCCUCCCUGCGCCGGUCUCGCGGCGCCCCAGCAGCGCCUCUCCCGCCAAGCACAUGGCGCGCUCCGUCUCGGUCACCGCCGACGGCAAACCGAAGAGGAACGCUCUGGAAGAUGCGGGAUCCCGGGCAAUGAACAACCUCCGGAGGUCCAACAGCACCACCCAGGUUAACCAGCGGGUGAACGGCACGCGCAGCUCAGAGCAGACGGGAGACUUCCUGGCCCUCUUUGAGAGCAGUUCUGGGGGAAGAAAGAAAGUGGCGAGUCUGAGCAAAACCUCCCCGGAAAAGAAAACCACGUGGAACAUCUUGGACGAUCAGCCGCGAGCGUUCCCGGGUCCCUCCGGCUCCCGCGGCGUUGAGCCACCAGCGGGCAUGAGGAGGAAAGAAGCCACCGCGCUCCUGGCAGCCAACUUCACUGCCAACAACAGGAGCAACAAGGGCGCGAUGGGCAACUGUGUCACCACCAUGGUGCACAACAACUACUCCACCACUGAGAAGGGCCCUGCGCCCAAAAGCUCCAACCAGGCACCUAGCUCCCUCAACAACGUUGUCAAAGCGACCUCAAAUGAGGACGGCGAAAGCAGCAGCUUCGUGAAGUCUCAGAAGAAUUUCUCCAGCAACAACGUCAUGACCCGCAACAACAACAGCAGCCUGCCCCGGAGGAAGGAGGUGACCGAGGAGGAGGCAGAGAG